GAAGUAGUGUUUCGCAACGAACCGGCGUGUGACUUUCACAGGCUGUCCAAGUGAACGGGGUGCAAAUAUUUCCAGCCCGGACCAUCAAAAUGCGGCUUUUAAAAGCAGGACUGAUUUUGAGCCAAAAGCACUUAAAGAACCCCGCAACAGUAACUUUAAAACAGGUCCUGGUGAACAGCUGUCGGACGUGUUCCUCUGGCACCGUCCCGAACGAGAGAAUACGUAACAUCGGAAUCUCCGCGCACAUCGACUCCGGGAAGACCACCUUAACCGAGCGCGUGCUGUACUACACGGGCAGGAUAGUGGAGAUGCACGAGGUGAAAGGGAAGGAUGGAGUUGGAGCCAUAAUGGACUCCAUGGAGCUGGAGAGGCAGAGAGGGAUCACCAUCCAAUCAGCAGCUACAUACACCAUGUGGAGACAGCACAACAUCAACAUUAUUGACACACCAGGUCACGUGGAUUUCACCAUCGAGGUGGAGCGAGCGCUGAGGGUUCUGGACGGUGCGAUUCUGGUUCUGUGUGCGGUGGGUGGGGUCCAGUGUCAGACCAUGACCGUCAACAGGCAGAUGAAGCGCUAUGGUGUUCCGUUUCUCACCUUCAUCAACAAACUAGACCGCCUCGGAGCCAACCCCACCCGUGCACUGCAGCAGAUGAGAACCAAGCUGAACCACAACGCGGCGCUGGUGCAGAUCCCCAUGGGCCUGGAGGGGAACCUGCGGGGGAUCAUCGACCUCAUCCAGGAGCGCAGCCUGUACUUCGAGGGCCCGUUCGGGCAGACGGUGCGUUAUGACGACAUCCCUGCAGAGUUCCGGGUGGAGGCGCUGGAGCGCAGGCAGGAGCUGGUGGAGUGUGUGGCCAACGCGGACGAGCAGCUGGGGGAGAUGUUCCUGGAGGAGAGGGUCCCCACCGUCGACCAGCUCAAGGCGGCCAUCCGCAGGGCCACAAUCCAGCGCUCCUUCACCCCUGUACUGGUGGGGAGCGCCCUGAAAAAUAAGGGGAUUCAGCCUCUACUGGACGCUGCUCUGGAGUACCUGCCCAACCCCACCGAGGUCAACAACUACGCCACCCUCAACCAGGAGGAAGCCAGAGAGUCCAGUAAGAUCCGGAUGGAUCCGACGCGAGACGCCUCACAGCCGUUUGUGUGUCUGGCGUUCAAACUGGAGGCGGGGCGCUUUGGUCAGCUGACCUACGUGCGCGUGUACCAGGGCUGUUUGAAGAAGAGUGAGUACAUCUACAACACGCGCACAGGCAAGAGGGUGCGUGUGCAGAGGCUGGUGCGUCUCCAUGCCGACCAGAUGGAGGACGUGGACGAGGUGUAUGCGGGGGACAUCUGUGCGCUUUUCGGGAUCGACUGUGCCAGUGGAGACACCUUCACGUCCCGGACCAGCACCAACCUCUCCAUGGAGUCCAUCCAUGUUCCAGACCCAGUGAUCUCCAUGUCUGUGAAGCCAUCCAAUAAGAAUGACCUGGAUAAAUUCUCUAAAGGGAUAAACCGCUUCACCAGGGAAGACCCCACCUUCAGAGUUCACUUCGACACGGAGAGCAAAGAGACCAUCAUCUCCGGAAUGGGAGAGCUGCACCUGGAGAUCUAUUCUCAGAGAAUGGAGAGGGAGUAUAACUGCCCCUGUGUGUUGGGGAGGCCCAAGGUGUCCUUCAGGGAGACGGUGUCCAGUUCUGUUCCGUUUGACUUCACUCAUAAGAAGCAGUCUGGGGGGUCGGGGCAGUAUGGAAAGGUCGUCGGGGUGCUGGAGCCCUUGGACCCCGAGAGCAACACCAAGGUGGAGUUUGUGGAUCAGACCAUCGGCCCCAACAUACCCAAGCAGUUCAUACCCGCCAUCGAAAAGGGCUUCAGGGAGGCCUGUGAGAAGGGGCCGCUCACGGGGCACAAGAUUUCGGGCGUGCGCUUCGUCCUGGAGGACGGCGCUCAUCACAUGGUGGACUCCAACGAGGUCUCCUUCAUCAGAGCCGGAGAGGGAGCUCUGAAACAGGCGCUGGAGAAGGCUGAUAUAACGGUGCUGGAGCCCAUCAUGUCUGUGGAGAUUGUGGCUCCUAAUGAGUUCCAGGGCACCGUCAUCGCCGGGGUCAACCGUCGCCAUGGCGUCAUCACUGGGCAGGACGGAGCGGAGGGCUACUUCACGCUGUAUGCCGAUGUUCCUCUGAAUGACAUGUUUGGGUACGCCUCAGAGCUGCGGUCCAAUACAGAGGGGAAAGGAGAGUACACCAUGGAGUACAGCAGGUACCAGCCCUGCCUGCCCAGCACACAGGAGGAGCUCGUCAACAAACACCUGGAGGCCACCGGCCAGCUACCAGCCAAGAAGGGCAAGGCCAAGAACUAACACACACACACACACCAUGCACACACACACACACACACACACACACACACACACCAUGCACACACACACACACA